AUGGCAGCCAGACUCCCAUUCGAACUUCUAUGUGAGAUCGCAAUCAAUCUCCAAGAUGCAGGCGCUUCUCUGGUCGCAUGUACCACUGUCUGUCGUCGCUGGCAGGCAGUGUUUGAGUCGUUCAUUUACUCCGAAUUGAAGGUGUAUAGUGAGGAUGGUUACAAUGGACGCAGCCUUUGCCUCAACCAAUUCCGAGAAUUCACUUCUGGGCCACGAAUCACAAGACGAGUAUGGGUUCGUCAGCUGCGUUACUAUAUUGUUCUCCCCUUUGAACUCCCAGACUGGACGACUCAUCAAGAGGAAGGUUAUACCACCAACAAUCCCGUUCGACAGGCAAAUGACACCGCCUUUCAAUCAGCAGUCAUCAAUCUGUUCAACGCUCUAGAGUCUUGGGAUAAGAUUCAUCGUCUGUCUGUCGUUCUGGUACUUCGAGGACGUGAGCUAGGCGAGGAGCCUUAUACAACAGAGAGUGAAGAAGUUAUAUCGCAUAGAGAUGGGCUGACACGGUCUGUCCCUGUGUAUCGCGCGCGAUUCAAUAGUAAUGGUACAUCGAUGCUACGCGAUGUUUCAUGCAUUGAUAAAAUAUCGCUUCCCAAGGGGAUAUGGGCAGGGGCCAUAAUGCAGAUUGUUCGACACUGUCCGGAACUCACAGAACUAUAUAUGGACCUGGAUCGGUGGAUCACACCAGGACACCUGGAAUACAUGAAACAACGGCGUCAGGCUGUCGCUGAAGGUCUGAAAGAUAUCUCCCUCUCUUUGAGGGUUUUUCACUUCGCCUAUGAAUACGAGUGGGAUUGGCAGGAUGUCGUGCCUGCCUUGAAUGUUUUAUCGUCAAGCGUUGAUGUCCUAUCCAUCAGAAUCCGAGAACUGAGUCUUUCCCUCCGUGAGCUACAACUAGGGGAAGUUCCUGUGUCCCUGGAUUUCCUCUGGCCUUUGGAUGAGGAAGAUCACUCACUACCAGCCAACAAAUCUUUGCACUGGCCCAAUUUGGAAAUUUUGAGUUUAUCAUUUCAGCCCUUCCUUCCUUCAGGUGAGCGGAUCGUUCACCUUACUGCAGAGGGGAGAGAAGUGUCCAGCUACGAAACGGACGAACUGGAGCGACCCCUCGAGGGACCCAUCUUCAAGCAAGAGCAGUUCCAUCGGCUGUUUAUCUCUUUGGGUUACGCCGCAAGGCGUAUGCCUCGCGUGAGGGCCAUCACGGUUGCUCUCAAUCACCCAGAACAUUUCUGGUUCAGGUUUAUAACCACAGAUGGCGCGAUCAGCGUCCAGCGGGAGAUAGGAAGUUGUGGUUUAUAUAUGCCUGAUGAUCAGGUUGCUGCUGCCUGGGGCUUUCAGCUUGAUCAUCAUCAGCUCACAGGUUUGUAUUAUGAGGCAAUUUUGUCUGAUUGGCCGCCGAUCGAGCGGAAGUCUAUGUGA